UCUCCGUCGUCUACGAGAGCGGACGUAAACAAAAAUAUUGUGAUUUUUAAAUAAAAGUGUAAAAAGUGAAAAAUGUCCUUUAUUCAAUUUGAGAGUGCAGCGGAAAAGGAGAAAAUUCGUCAGGAGUUGCGAUCUGUGCGAGAAAAACUGCUGGAAAAAGCGGAAUUCAAUGCAAAACGUCGUGAUGAAAUUGCUGCUCACAGAAAAGUGAAUCAGUGGAUGCUUCCGGCAGUCUCGGAGAAAAUUGAGAAAUCCAGCUCCAGCAGCAAGCCCAAAAAGGCCAAGAAGAAGCAAAAGAAGGAGAAGAAGGCAAAGAAAAGCAAGAAGAGAUCCAAGAAGAAGAAGAAACAUUCAGAUAGCGAUUCAAGUGAUUCUGUGGAGUUUGUUCCAAAGAAAUCUCGCAAGAGACGAUCUCCUUCGACCAGCAGCAGUAGUUCGUCCUCAGAAGAUGAGUGGGUGGAGAAAAACAAAUCAAAGGAUGACCAGGAUAACAAACCAUCAGUGAGAGAUGAAUGGAUGUCAUCGGGAUUUCUUCUGCCAACAUUUGGGAAAGAAGAAUCACAAACUAAGAACGAGAAGAGUACCUACCAAGCUUACGAUCCGUCCAAAAGCAGUCGGGAAUUGAAUCCUCAUUGGAAGGAUGGAGGAUUAGGUCUUCCCAGUGCUUUCCUCAAGCCAUCUGAUGAUAUUUCAGCACCCACAUCGAGUUCUUCUUACCUUUCUACCACGAAACGUCAGGGAUGGAAGAAACCCCAGGAAAAAGUUACCUCCAAACAACAAAGUUCUUCGUCAGAUUCCGAGUCAUCAUCAUCAGAUACUGAGAGGGGCUCUGAAAAAGCAACAAAGACACCAGAAGAACCUAAAAAGGCUGUAGCAACUGACUUCCUGAGUGAUGUACAAAUGAAUGAAUUGGGAGCAAAGAUGAUCAAAGCAGAGAUUAUGGGAAACACCAAGUUGGCAGCGGAGCUCAAGGAGAAACUUGAGAAGGCAAAACUUUGUCGUGAGAAUGCCAAGGAGCAGGUGAAGACGCAGAAGAAGCAGCCCGACAAGGAACAGGAAGAAGUUCUCCUUACAGCAACUGAUUCACGAGGUGUCACGCGUCCUGUGUCCUUUAGGCAGGAUUCCGAUCUCUGGGGAGGACGCCGUGGCAGCAAAAAGAAGCGCCCCAAGGUGGAGACACAUACUGAGAGUGGUGAGAGAGCUCGUUUCUUCCCGGAUGACGAUCACAGGAGUCUGAAGGAUAUGUUCGAAUCUGAGAAGAUGAUCAGCGCAAGUGAUUCGGAUGCUCAAUACGCCAAGAUUGCGGGGAAGAAGCGACGCCAGGGGGAUGACCUCGAGGAUAUCUUUGCCGAGGAAGUUCGCAGGGAUUUGGAUGAAGAUGCUAAGAGUGCCAGGGAUAGAGAUCGUGCCAUUCGUGAUCACGAGCGUCUAACGAGAACUCUCGAGACGUGCGAAAUGUGCUUUGAUUCCUCGAAAAUGGCUAAGGAAUUGAUUGUGGCCAUGGGAAGCAAGGUUUACCUGAGUCUCCCAUGGCAUGAGGCCCUACAGACGGGACACUGCAUAAUCUCACCCAUUCAGCAUGUUUCCUGCUCUACGCAGCUCGAUGAGGAUGUCUGGAGGGAAGUGCAGGAAUUCCAGACUGCCCUGAUUCGCAUGUUUGCAGCGCAGAAGAAGGAUUGUGUCUUCUACGAGAUUGCCAAUAAACUCCACAAGCGACCACAUCUGGCCAUUCACUGUAUUCCCAGUUCGGAGUUUGAAUUGGCGCCAUUCUACUUCAAGAAAGCCAUUCAGGAAUCUGAAGCGGAGUGGGCACAAAAUCGGCAGCUGAUAGAUCUCAAGAAAGAGGCCAAGAGCGUGCGGAGAGCAAUCCCGCGGGGACUUCCAUACUUCUGGGUCUCCUUCACGGAACAUGCGGGAUUUGCUCAUGUGAUUGAGGACCAGGAGAGAUUUCCCAGCAAUUUUGCAAUGGAAAUCCUCGGAGGGCUUCUCAAUCUCGACGCCAGGAAAUGGAGAAAACCUCGCCGGGAGCACAAUAUAAUUCAGAAAGUCAAGCAAUUUGCAGAUUAUUGGAAAAAGUACGACAUAACAAAAUAAAUUAGUUGGUGUUCCACUUCGUGGCCUGGCCAACACCAAGUAUUGUAAUCGUCGGAAAUUGUUAUUUAAUUUUCUUGUUAAAUAUAAAAAUAAAUUCUUUAAAAAAUC